CCAGGAAUAACUUUCUCAAGCGAACUACCAGACUGGACAGGCAACAACAUGGAUGGAUUUGUUUCCAAGAUCUUUGCAUACUUACACUUGAUGCACAUCUGUAUCAACUCCAGUCACUCCCACCCUCAGCCCUGUCAUAUCCUGGCUCAAAUCGGGCACACGGUGCGCCUGGGUGCGCUUAUGCCCACCCGUCAGCCAGCAAGGGUCCAGGGAUCCCUGAACCGCGCCCUCAGCAGCCUCUCUCAAACUCGAGGCAACAAUCUCCUGCCUUACAACCUGAGCCUGGAGCUGGUGUACGGGGAGCCGCUGGACGGAGACCCCGAGUCCCUGUUCAGGUGUGUCUGUCAGGCGAUCGCGGUGCGGGGGGUCUCCGCAGUGUUGGCCUUCCCCCAGACUCCCGAGGAGCUCAUUCAAAUGGAAUUUCUGUCUUCGUUUCUUGAAAUCCCGUUUAUAAGUAUCCUGGAGCACGGGGAGCCACUGGACACCGGGAGUCCCUUCCACCUGCAGAUGUUGACCCGCAGCCCCUGGUCCUCUCUGGCAGAGCUCUUACUGAGCGUGCUGCAGGCUGCUGGCUGGAGGGAGGGCACGGCCCUGCUGUGUGGAGGCUGGGAGGAGGCCCCAGUGCUGGACUGGCUGAGCCGUCACCCUUUGUCCUGGCAGCUGGAAGCGGUACUGGACCUGACCCAGGUGGCAGAGGAGCAGGGGGGAAUAUUCCACUUCCUGUCCAAGCACUUCCGCUCCCUAGGCCUGAAGACUCUGCCCCAUUCCUCCUCCGUCCUGCUGUUCGGUGCGGAUCCCCAGUGCAUCUCGGCAGUGCUCCACUCUGCCCAGGAGCUGGGCCUCACCCUCCCUGCAGUGCACUGGCUGCUGGGACAGCCUCUCACCCCUGAGGUGCUCCACACCCUCGGCCUGCCCUUCGGCCUGCUCGCCUAUGGGGAGGUGAACCAAAAACCUCUGGACUUCUACAUCCAGGACGCCGUGGAGCUGGUGACCAGGGCUGUGUCCGCGGCUGCAGCAGUGUGGCCGGACCGGGCCCUUAUCCAGAGCAUGGUCAACUGCUAUGACAAGAGGAGCCAAGAGAGGGCGCCAUCUUCUGGGCAAUACCUGGCCAGGUUCCUGGCUGACACCUCCUUCAACGGACAGACAGGCCCUGUAGCCGUAGGGAACUCCUCCCGGGUGCUGACCUCACCCCUCUUCCACAUCUGGAGCCUGCAGAGGGACCCACUGGGCCAGCCGACCUGGGUGACGGUGGGCAACUGGAAGAGAGGACGGCUGGUGGUGGAGGAGCAGGGCUUCUGGCAGGUCAGGGGUUUACGCAGGAGGUCAGGAAUGGGAGGGGGGCCAGGGAGCCGGGGGGUGAGGGGAGACGGGACCUGGGGGAGCUCUCGGACCCGGCUGCGUGUCGUCACUUUGGUGGAGCAUCCUUUCGUUUUCACCAGGGAGGUGGAUGAAGAUGGCAGCUGCCCAGCUGGCCAGUUCUGCCUUGACCCUCGGACCAACGACUCGGAAAUCAUAGACAGGUACUUCCGACAUCUUUCCCGGGAAAGUAACGCAUCAAUCCCAUACGAGUUCCGCAAGUGCUGCUAUGGCUACUGCAUCGACUUGCUGGAAAAGCUGGCGGAGGACUUGAGAUUUGAUUUCGACCUUUACAUAGUCGGGGAUGGGAAAUACGGAGCCUGGAAGAAUGGCCGCUGGACCGGGCUGGUGGGAGAUCUUAUGAGUGGUGCUGCAGAUAUGGCGGUCACAAGUUUCAGUAUCAAUUCAGCCCGGAGCAAAGUUAUGGACUUCACCAGCCCAUUCUUCUCAACUAGUUUGGGCAUCCUGGUUCGGAGCAAGGAUACUGCCGCCCCCAUUGGUGCCUUCAUGUGGCCCCUGCAUUGGUCAAUGUGGGUGGGCAUCUUCGUGGCUCUGCACCUGACUGCCCUCUUCCUCACCCUGUACGAGUGGAAGAGCCCCUACGGGAUGACCCCACAUGGGCGAAACCGCAAGAAGGUCUUCUCCUACUCCUCAGCCCUCAAUCUCUGCUACGCCAUCCUGUUCGGACGCACUGUCUCCAGCAAGACUCCCAAGUGCUGGACCGGCCGCUUCCUCAUGAACCUGUGGGCCAUCUUCUGCCUGCUGGUGCUCUCCAGCUACACAGCCAACCUGGCUGCCGUCAUGGUGGGAGAGAAGACCUUCGAGGAGCUCUCAGGAAUCCAUGACGCCAAGCUGCACCACCCCUCCCAUGGUUUCCGCUUUGGUACCGUCCGGGAGAGCAGUGCAGAGGACUACAUGAAGAAGAGCUUCCCUGAGAUGCAUGAGUACAUGAGACGCUUCAAUGAGCCCACCACCCCAGACGGUGUCGCCAACCUCAAGACAGAUCCGCCUCAGCUGGAAGCCUUCAUCAUGGACAAGGCUCUGCUGGACUAUGAGGUGUCCAUCGACGCAGACUGCAAGCUGCUCACUGUAGGGAAGCCCUUUGCCAUCGAAGGCUACGGGAUCGGCCUGCCCCAGAACUCCCCCUUCACCUCCAAUGUGUCGGAGUUCAUCAGCCGCUACAAGUCAGACGGCUUCAUGGACAUGCUGCACGACAAGUGGUACAAAGUGGUGCCCUGCGGGAAGAGGGUGUUUGCUGUCACUGAGACCCUGCAGAUGGGGAUCAAUCACUUCUCGGGCCUCUUCGUGCUGCUCAGCGUGGGGGUCAGCGGGGCUCUUCUCACCCUGGCUGGAGAGCAUGCCUUCUACCGUCUCAUCCUGCCUCACAUCCGCAAGAGGAACAAGUUCAAGUACUGGCUCCACACCAGCCAGAAAAUCCACCGCGCUUUGAACAUGAGUUUUGAGGAUGUCAAGAACCAAAAACAACCAAAAACAGAGAAAAGUUGCAACCUUCAGAGGGUCCAGCCCCCCCAGCCCCCUCCUCCCCCCGCCAAGUGGAACAACGAGAAAAACAAGAGUGCCCAGGAGAGCAGGGACAACAAGCGGGUACACUUCAACCUAGAGACCCUCAACAGCAGCCGGCUCUUGGCUCAGGUGGUGGCAGCAGGCAGGGAGGGGGCUGUGACAAAGGAGGCAGCGAGGCCCUGCGAGAACGGCUGCUCUUCCUGCUCGGGCACCUCACCCCCCUCACCCCGAAACACCGAGCUGGUGGAGCUGGAGAGCCGCAUCGAGGAGAUCCGUGGGCAGUUACGGGCCGCACUGGCGCGGAAAUCAGAGCUGCAGUUCUGCUUGGCGAGGGAGAGAGAGUGCCCAAUGCCAGCCCCGCUCCCUCUCCAACCCACCACCACAGAAGAAGAAAAAGCAGCUAAAGAGAGCAAUGCAGACAGGUGAUUGGGCACCAGGGCAACUAUUUUUUUUUAAAUGGGUUUAAAAAGUAUAAUUAAGAAGUGCAAUUUUAAGGACACAAACCUGGACUGGAAGGGCCUAGGUAGUUUUUUUUCCCCCCUGAUUCCUCUGGGCGAUGACAGGAAGAAUGGGAAGUCAGGAUUUUUUCAUUAUUUUUUAAACCUUGCAGUUUCAUUUACAGGGCAUCUUCGGAAAUGUAUUUCUCAACAGCUCUCUGCGCUGAAUCAAGAUUUACGGUACUGCAUUAAGGGUGUACCGGAUAAAGACAUCAAUCUGUAUCAAACUUGGAUUGCUCAGAAGUACCGAAAUCCUCUUCUUCAGGAAGCCUUUGUUCCCUGUUUAUUCUCCCUGCUUUGAUGCUCCAAUAUUGCAUUAAUCUUAGAACAGUAUUUUGUAUUAAGCUUUGCAGAUGACAUUUGAACUUUUUGAAAUGCUACAAUCCAAGACCCCAGUUCUGAUUUAUCACGACUCACAAAAAAUGUCUUGUGAUGGAUCUUUACUAGCGUUCCCAAAAACCACUCGAGUGAGUUUUUUUAAAUAAUCUUUUUACUGAAUGUUGGAAUUGCGCUGAUCAUUUUUAAAGACGAUUUCUCUUGUAAGGAUGGAUAUUCUGCCCAUAUGUGUUAUUGGGUUGAAUCAAAAUGGGCAAUACUGAGACUCAAGUAAGGAGAGCUAAGGAUAGCCUUCAGCCACUGUGGGACACUAUGGUGUUGUGCCAGAAAGACUUGAUUUCUUUCCAAGCUACAAUAUACUGAACUGUAAAAUAAUAAAUGAUAACUUCAUUAAGCAUCUUUAUUUUUUGGACAGUAUUCCUAGAUUUAGAGAAUGGUUUAGGUUAUUUUUGUAACUUGAUUUACUCAGACAAAUUCAUUUGAGACACUAGUGUGCCAAAAAAGGCCUUAAUACUUUUUCCAUUUUUAAAAAACGAGUUUUAUUUGGAUGUAUUCCAUGCAAGUAGAAUAGAGGAAAUCAGGUUCUGAAUACAAGUUUAAAAAAAUAAAUAAAUAAAUUAUGGGACCUGCCAGGGAUAACCAUAAAUAUCCAAUCACAAUCAAAGAUACACUGAUCAUCCCUGAAAAUGACUCAUCAAAAAAAAUGCGUAAGCACCAACUCCUAAACAGCAUCAUCUCUUUUGUUUUACUUAGUUUUGCUGAGAGACAAAUUACUACCCAAGUGAAAUAUGAAUAUUAUAGUUUCAAGGAGUGGCAAACAUGAAGUAGUGAAAAAUAAUGACUCCCUUAUUAUUUAAAAACAAAAAAACAUACUAUAUCCUUUGUAUUGUUUCAUGUACAUUGAAAGCGGAGAUUUAAAGCUAUUUAGGUACUUUAAAAUCCCUGUUCUUAUCACUAGUUCUGCCUUUUGUUGAGCUUUGUAUUAUUAUUAAACCAAAACUAUCCACCUGGUCUAGGUGCAAUCUAACCAUGUCACCUACAGCACAGGCAAUGCUUGGCAGGAAGCAGCCUCUUAUGUAUUCAUAAUCUAUACGUGAAAUCUAUACAUUUCUACAUAUCCUGAAUGGAGAGUACAAAAGAACACAAUUAAUUUGAGCAAAAUAAUAAAGGAUCUGUAUUUCUGAUGUGAGACGUUAGAAAUGGAUUUUAUAGCCCGGGUUACCACUUCUUUUUAAGACUCAAUUCUCUGUCACAACGCACUUUAACAAACUCCUAAUCACUCUGCAUUUUAAACCAAAAGACCCAAAAGAAGAGGGGAAAAAGCCAAGACACAUACAGUUUGUAUGUACAAAGACAAACUUUUUUUUCUACAUUACAGUUAAAAACAACAUUAGAAUGAAAUCAGAAACUUUAACACAUUAGAAUGAAAUCAGAAAUUUUAUUUAUCACUUACAGUAUUUAAUUGAAGGGUUCCCACAGUGUAAAAGAAUCUCUACAAGAAUAUUGUACAAUAUACUGUUCUGCCACAAUCAUCCUGCUUCCUGGUACAUUAUAGGCACCCAAAACAUGUAACAUUUAGUACUUUUUUUUUGUCUGAUUAGUCUUACGUAUCUCUUAAAAUAACAGUCUAAAAUCAAAUAGCAUAUUGUAAUAUUGCACUCAGUGAACUGGUAAGGACAGAGCAGCCCAUUAACCAAUUCUAUAGCAACUGUGAAACACUGAAGUUACUUAUUCAAUAAACUUCCUCUUCCAGGCUUAUAAUAAAUCCAUCCAUUUGCAACCCCUUUAAAGGAGUGUUAACCCAUUUUAGCUUUAUUAACAUUAUCACGGGUCCCCCUUUAAUCGUUUCUUACUGCAUUUGUUUAAGAUAUGUAAAUAUAUGAUACGCAAUACUACAGAUAAACAUACAGGUGUCUUUGCAAUUUGACCACUGCAGUGCAUGACGUGUACAGCGAGCAGCAGGAGACUGUAAUCUAUAACGUUGUCUAGUAUCUCCGUAUUCCAAAUGAUAGUACAAGCAAAUAACUAAAAGAUCUUCCAACAGCAAAGAGGGGGACCAGUGAUACUAGUUAUAAGGUCUAAAAAAGUUUUUAAAACCUUGAUUAGCAUUCUGUUAAGCACUUCUGUUUCAUGCUUUCAAAUUCAACUAGGAGCAAUUGUGGUUCAACUUUUUAUACUGAUAACCCACAACUGCCCCCCACUUUCCAGUUUAGCUGUACAGCUGUGACCAAACGUUUUGCAUCACCCUUUACAACGAACUAAUUUGGCUUCAUAAAGUUGAAUGAAACCUGCUGAAUAUUGAAUUACAUACCGCUUUGUACUUUUGUGACAUUUCAAACAUAGUACAUACUAUUGUGGCUUCCAGUAGACUUUUGCAAUAUCAUUUUGUAGUUUCUUUGAUUACAUGAUGUUAAAUAAAAGAUCUAA